AUGGAUGAGAAGCAGAGCACGCAGUUGCCCGUACAGUGGCAUUCGUUUAGGGAGUUUGAUUUGGACUGCCGGUAUUUCAGGAAAAUCACAGACGCUUUGAAAGAAUUAGAUUAUAAAGUCAGUGAGAAAUUGGAUCAAAUCUCAAUUCGAGUGGAUGGAUUAUCCAAAUCUUUUCGCUCUUGGCAAUCAAUUAACAACCCGUCACGUCCCAAUUUCCCACAGCACAAUUAUCCGCUUUGUCCUCAAGUGUACGAAGCAUUCAGUCAUGCGUCACCACCACCUACUUAUGACCUUUCGCACAAUGCAGCGUAUCGCCCACCGUUACCGCCACCGUAUUCCGUGCCACCACCGUCAUUUUACAGGUAA